UCAUGCGAUGAAGGUAAAAGAAAGCAGGAGCAACCCGACAGCACUUCCCGCGUAAAGGAUUGCUUGUGCAAUUCUCACCUUGGACUGAAAGCUUUAAAAGGCGGUGAUUAUAAAACAGCCCGAUAUUACUUCGAGUUGGCAUUAAAGGAAGCCACAGAGAUCGGAAAUAAAGAUUCUGAAGGAACUGCAUAUAACAACCUUGCCGAUGCCUACCGCCAUCUCGGUGAUUUGCAGAAAGCAAUCGAGUGUUUUCAGCUGAGUCUAAGUAUCGCAGAAAAGACUGGAAACAAAGAUUCUGAAGGAACUACAUAUAACAACCUUGGCCUUGUCUAUUGCGAUCUCGGUGAUUUGGAGAAAGCAAUCGAGUGUUUUCAGCUGAGACUAAGUAUCGCAGAAAAGACUGGAAACAAAGAUUCUGAAGGAGCUGCAUAUAACAACCUUGGCGCUACCUACCGCCAUCUCGGUGAUUUGGAGAAAGCAAUCGAGUGUUUUCAGCUGAGUCUAAGUAUCGCAGAAAAGACUGGAAACAAAAAUUCUGAAGGAACUGCAUAUAACAACCUUGGCGAUGCCUACCGUCAUCUCGGUGAUUUGCAGAAAGCAAUCGAGUGUUUUCAGCUGAGUCUAAGUAUCGCAGAAAAGACUGGAAACAAAGAUUCUGAAGGAACUACAUAUAACAACCUUGGCCUUGUCUAUUGCGAUCUCGGUGAUUUGGAGAAAGCAAUCGAGUGUUUUCAGCUGAGACUAAGUAUCGCAGAAAAGACUGGAAACAAAGAUUCUGAAGGAGCUGCAUAUAACAACCUUGGCGCUACCUACCGCCAUCUCGGUGAUUUGGAGAAAGCAAUCGAGUGUUUUCAGCUGAGUCUAAGUAUCGCAGAAAAGACUGGAAACAAAAAUUCUGAAGGAACUGCAUAUAACAACCUUGGCGAUGCCUACCGUCAUCUCGGUGAUUUGCAGAAAGCAAUCGAGUGUUUUCAGCUGAGUGUAAGUAUCUCAGAAAAGACUGGAAACAAAAAUUCUGAAGGAGAAGCAUAUAACAACCUUGGCGCUACCUACCGCGAUCUCGGUGAUUUGCAGAAAGCAAUCGAGUGUUUUCAGCUGAGUCUAAGUAUCGCAGAAAAGACUGGAAACAAAAAUUCUGAAGGAACUGCAUAUAACAACCUUGGCGAUGCCUACCGUCAUCUCGGUGAUUUGCAGAAAGCAAUCGAGUGUUUUCAGCUGAGUCUAAGUAUCGCAGAAAAGACUGGAAACAAAAAUUCUGAAGGAGAAGCAUAUAACAACCUUGGCGAUGCCUACCGCGAUCUCGGUGAUUUGCAGAAAGCAAUCGAGUGUUUUCAGCUGAGUCUAAGUAUCGCAGAAAAGACUGGAAACAAAAAUUCUGAAGGAACUGCAUAUAACAAUCUUAUCGCUACCUACCGCGAUCUCGGUGAUUUGCAGAAAGCAAUCGAGUGUUUUCAGCUGAGUCUAAGUAUCGCAGAAAAGACUGGAAACAAAGAUUCUGAAGGAGCUGCAUAUAACAACCUUGGCCUUGUCUGUGACGAUCUCGGUGAUUUGGAGAAAGCAAUCAAGUGUUUUCAGCUGAGUCUAAGUAUCGCAGAAAAGACUGGAAACAAAGAUUCUGAAGGAGCUGCAUAUAACAACCUUGGCGCUACCUACCGCCAUCUCGGUGAUUUGGAGAAAGCAAUCGAGUGUUUUCAGCUGAGUCUAAGUAUCGCAGAAAAGACUGGAAACAAAAAUUCUGAAGGAACUGCAUAUAACAACCUUGGCGAUGCCUACCGUCAUCUCGGUGAUUUGCAGAAAGCAAUCGAGUGUUUUCAGUUGAGUCUAAGUAUCGCAGAAAAGACUGGAAACAAAAAUUCUGAAGGAACUACAUAUAACAACCUUGGCGUUACCUACCGCGAUCUCGGUGAUUUGGAGAAAGCAAUCGAGUGUUUUCAGCUGAGUCUAAGUAUCGCAGAAAAGACUGGAAACAAAAAUUCUGAAGGAACUACAUAUAACAACCUUGGCGUUACCUACCGCGAUCUCGGUGAUUUGGAGAAAGCAAUCGAGUGUUUUCAGCUGAGUGUAAGUAUCUCAGAAAAGACUGGAAACAAAAAUUCUGAAGGAGAAGCAUAUAACAACCUUGGCGCUACCUACCGCGAUCUCGGUGACUUGCAGAAAGUAAUCGAGUGUUUUCAGCUGAGUCUAAGUAUCGCAGAAAAGACUGGAAACAAAAAUUCUGAAGGAAAAGCAUAUAACAACCUUGGCGCUACCUACCGCGAUCUCGGUGAUUUGCAGAAAGCAAUCGAGUGUUUUCAGCUGAGUGUAAGUAUCUCAGAAAAGGCUGGAAACAAAGAUUGUGAAGGAUCUGCAUAUGAAAACCUUGGCCGUACCUAUUGCGAUCUCGGUGAUUUGGAGAAAGCAAUCGAGUGUUUUCAGCUGUGUCUAAGUAUCGCAGAGAAGGCUGGAAACAAAGAUUCUGAAGGAGAUGCUUAUGGCCUCCUUGGAGGUGCCUAUCACGACCUCGGUGAUUUCGAGAAAGAAUUCAAGUAUUGUCAGCUGUGUCUAAGUAUCGCAGAAAAGACUGGAGACAAAAAGUCUGAAGGAUGUGGAUAUAACAACCUUGGCCUUGUCUAUCAGAAUCUCGGUGAUCUGGAGAAAGCAAUCGAGUAUUUUCAGCUGAGUCUAAGUAUCGCAAAAGAGACUGGAAGGAAAAAUUGUGAAGGAAUUGCAUAUUUCAACCUUGGCCGUGUCUAUGACGAUCUUGGUGAUUUGCAGAAAGCAUUCGAGCUUACUCAGCGGAGUGUAAGUAUCGCAGAAAAGACUGGAAACAAAGACUCUAAAAGAAUUACAAAUAACAACCUUGCUUCUAUUUUUUUCCGUUUUGGCGACGUUAUUAAAGCCGAGGAGUGUGCUAAAUCCUCUAUAAAACUGGUCGAGGAAAUGAGGGAUCUCCUACCCGGGAAAGACGAGUGGAAAAUCAAUUUUCGGAAUGCACGUGACAACAGUUAUACUCUUUUAAGGAGAAUUCAAUCACAACAAGGUAGAACCCUUGAGGCACUUUUCACAGCUGAGGCGGGACGAGCACAAGCUCUCAUGGAUCUCAUGGAAUCACGAUAUUGCGUCAGGGAAUCAAUUCGACCGUCGUCAGAACAGCAGAUGGAACUAAUAAUGACAAUUUCAGGACUUGUUUCUUCACCUAUGAUUUUUGUAGCAGAAGAUAAAAAACUAGUGAGUUUGUGGUUACUGCUUAAGGGACAGCAGUGUCAUUUUAUCCAAAAGGAGAUCAGUGAUGACUUAACAUCACUAAUUCAGGAAACGUACCAAAAGAUUGGUGUCAAAUUCGUUGUGAGGGGCAAGGAUCGCUCCCGGGAUGAGCCAGAAGAUGAAGAGAGUGUUGCUCUUAAAACAUUGUAUGACGUGGUUAUCGCUCCAUUUUCACACUUGAUAAAAAGUGACGAAAUCAUCAUUGUCCCUGACCGCUCAUCAUUCUUGAUUCCUUAUGUUGCCCUUGUGGACCAGAAUUCCAGGUAUUUGUCUGAAACGAUGAGAAUUCGAUUGUCUCCAUCACUAAGAAGCUUGAGGCUGCUGACAGAGUGUCCGGAGGACUGCCAUAGUACAUCUGGUGCACUGAUUGUUGGUAAUCCGUGGGUGGAAACCGUACGCGUCAAAGGGUCCAAAUUCAAACCGCUUCCAGGUGCUGAGAAAGAAGUACAAAUGAUUGGACAGAUUCUUAACAUUCAACCUCUCACUGGUAGGAACGCUACAAAAGAUCAAGUUUUGAGCAGGCUCAACUCAGUUUCUUUAGUACACAUUGCAGCACAUGGUUGUCCAGAAAACGGAGAAAUUAUUUUGUCUCCUAAUCUUGCUGAUGCUAAAAAGCCGAAAGAGGAGGACUUUCGUUUGACAAUGAGAGAUGUUUUGGAUGCACAAUUGCGCGCCAAGCUUGUUGUCUUAAGCUGCUGUUUCAGUGCACGAGGGGAGAUCAAAGCCGAAGGAGUAGUUGGAAUUGCACGUGCCUUUUUAGGAGCCGGUGCACGUUCUGUUAUCGCGUCACUGUGGGCGCUCAGCGACGAAGACACUUUGGAGUUUAUGAGACAUUUUUACCGACAUUUGGUAGCGGGGCAAACUGCAAGUAAGGCCCUUCAUCAUGCCAUGGAAUGUAUGCGGGAGACUCAAGAAUUCAAGGCCGUGAAGUACUGGGCGCCAUUCGUGCUGAUUGGGGAUGACGUGACAAUGAAUUUUGACUAA